UGAUAUCCUCCCCCUCCCACUCACUCACACAGAGAGCAGAGAGGAGAGGGAGCAGCAAACAAGACGCUAUCAUGACGCCGUGGCUUCAGGCUGGAAAACAGACGCACUCUCAGUGAUGGCCUGAGGAAAACAUGCAUGUGGAGAAUGGAUGCCGCCAUCAAUUUAACCCCCUGGGAAUAACGUCAAUGCCAAGAACUGCUGCUUUUCCAUAAAUCAGAUCUGAAGAGGAUUGACAUUUUUGUUCAAAUCCCAACGCUGCUCUGGGAAUAUGCAGCAGUUGGAGGAAGGAUAUCUCAAAAGGGAAAUAUUUUGAACUCUGGAUCUGCGGACCUUUUUUUUGACCCUUUAUGAAGGUAAUGGAAUCACUUACAUGAAGUCUUCAGAGGGUGAUGAUUGUACUCUAAAACAUCAGAAAAACGAGACCUACAUUUUGUUGUUCAGCACCCUUUCCAGUGUGGAGGAUUCUUGCAGCAGGGGGGUGCACCCCUCAGAUUUGACUCCAGGCUCUAGCUGAAUGUAUGAGCCCUCCCACUAAAUGCAGAAAUCGUACAUUCUAUUUUUCACAACAAAGAGCAUGCCUCGCCUAAAAUCCUACGGUUUCAAAGACUCGUCAUACUCGUCAUAAGGAGGUGGCAUGUUUUUGCCUUCCUUAUGAAUUAAUUAUGGAAUAAGGUGCACAAAAGGAGAGAUUAUAAAAGCAGAAAAUCUCAGCGGAAGAAGGGGACACUGUACUCGAACACCCAGCCCCCUCCCCUGGCUGCACUGUGGAAUAAGGGGUGUGUUCGGAGGUUCACCCCCACCAGGCUGCCGCUCGCAGAUGGAGGCCCACCAACACUCCCCAGAUAGCAGCAGUGAGGAGUGCACCGUCCUGGAGGCUCCGCCCGGCAAAAAUGCCUGCCCUCAACAUGCAGGGAAGGUGGCAGACCUGUACUGUUCAGCCUGUGAGUGUGCGCUGUGUGAGGACUGUGUGUCAGACCAUGGAGAGCACCCUAAGGUUCCCCUCAGCGAGGCCCUGGAGCGGCACCGAAGCAGCCUGCAGGAGAGUCUGGGGAAAGUCCAGAGCAGACUCCCUCAGAUUUCAGACGCCCUGUCCUUUGUUAAGGAGAUCCUCCAGCAGCUCACCAAUCAGAGAGCUUCCAUCGAGGAGGACAUCCAGUCAAGUGUCGAGGAUCUGCACAAGCAGCUGGAUGUCCGAAAGAGUGUGCUGCUGAUGGAGCUUGAGGUCACAUAUGGACUCAAACAGAAGGUCCUCCAGGCCCAGGUGGAUAGCCUUGCUCGGGGGGAAGGUGACAUCAUAGCCUCCUGUACCCAGGCAGAGGAGGCUCUGGCCGGGGAGGCUUGUGUGUCAAGCCUGCAGGUGGAGAGGGAGCUGCAAGAGAGGCUGCGGGAGCUGGCUGGCCUUGGGCUGCCAUGUCAGCCAGAGGAGAACGACCAGCUGGAUCUGAUCAUGGAAACAGACGGGCUAAGGAAGUCUGUACACAACUUAGGAACCAUCGUUACAACAAGCGCUGUUGCAAGCCAGAGUGAAGCCAUGGGCGCAGGCCUGGAGCAGUGCAUUGUGGGACAUCCUGCCUCUGUUACCAUUGUGACUAGAGAUAAGAGUGGGGGAGCCUGCAAGAGCGGCAAUGCAAUCCUGUCAGCAGAGGUGUUCACCCCUGAUGGAAGCAUAGUGGACGGAGAAAUGGUGGACCACAAGAAUGGAACUUAUGAGUUUGUUUACACAGUGCCAAAGGAAGGUAACUUCUCACUGGCUCUUCGUCUGUAUGACCAGCACAUUAAAGGAAGUCCCUUUAAACUGACAGUCAGCAAGGCCUCAGAGGUAGAAGUCGAGGUGUCUCCUUCAACCACCACUGCAACAAACUCAGCUGCCUACGCGACUCCAUCCACGGGUUCCUCUGAGGGGGCGAAAAGACGAGGGAAGUCCCCUGGCCAGAAGAAGAAGGGCUCCAAGAGGGCAAGCAGUGCCCUGGGAACCCCACGGCGCAAGACCCAGAACCCCAUUGAGGAUGACCUUAUUUUUAGGAUUGGAACAAAGGGAAGGAAUAAAGGAGAGUUCACCAACCUUCAAGGAGUAGCUGCCUCCUCCACUGGCAAGAUACUGAUCGCUGACAGCAACAAUCAGUGUGUUCAGAUUUUUGCCAAUGAAGGGGAAUUCAAGAGUCGCUUUGGCGUGCGUGGACGAUCACCAGGGCAAUUGCAGCGUCCCACGGGGGUAGCCGUGCACCCCAGUGGGGACAUCAUCAUUGCUGACUAUGACAACAAAUGGGUUAGCAUCUUCUCCUGUGAAGGAAAGUUCAAGGCAAAGCUCGGCUCUGGUAGACUUAUGGGGCCUAAAGGAGUCUCUGUGGAUCAGAAUGGACAUGUGAUUGUGGUUGACAACAAGGCAUGCACAGUCUUCAUCUUCCAGCUGACUGGCAAGCUCAUCAACAAGUUUGGAAGUCGAGGCAACGGGGACAAACAGUUUGCAGGUCCACACUUUGCAGCAGUGAACAAGAACAAUGAGAUCAUCAUCACUGACUUCCAUAACCACUCUGUCAAGGUGUUCACCACUGAAGGAGAGCUGCUGUUAAAGUUUGGAUCCAAUGGUGAGGGGAAUGGCCAGUUCAAUGCUCCCACUGGUGUGGCGGUGGACAACAAUGGGAACAUCAUUGUCGCUGACUGGGGCAACAGCAGAAUACAGGUGUUUGAUGGCAAUGGCUCCUUCCUGUCCUACAUCAACACAUCAGCAGACCCUCUAUAUGGACCCCAAGGUCUGGCUCUGACCUCAGAUGGACACGUUGUGGUGGCUGACUCUGGGAACCACUGCUUCAAAGUCUACCGCUACCUACAAUGAUGGAGGCUGGAAUGGAGGUAUGAAGACAAUGCAGGAGAGAUGGACAGGGGCAGCAGGUGUUGGAAUGGAGCGAUAAAGUGCAUGACAUCCAAUUCUAGGAAUUAUUGCAUGAAACUAUUGCAGCGUGUAACCAAGGAGGAAGGGAAGGGUAGAAAAGAGGAGGCAACAAGGAAGAAGGACCAGCCACAAUGACACCAAAAUUAAAAUAAAAUCAGGUUUGACAGAUUUGAUUAUUCUGAAAUAGUACGAUCUAACAAUUGCACUGGAUAGCAGAGAGAAGUGGGGGAAAGACUGACCUCUGAAAUGCAUCACAUUAAAACCUAUAGAGGAUAAGGACUGGGGGAAACUCAACAAUUGUGCACCUAAGGGACCGCUGCCUUCAUGCAAAUUUGACAAUUAUUGCAGAAAUGGACAGAAGACUGAUGCAAUGCUGGAGUAAGACCAGUUAUGCAACAAGUUAUUCAAGAUGUCAAAUCCUAGAAGUCCCGUGUUCCAAGUUUGGCUCAAGUAGAGAAACAGACUAGUAGAAUAAAAAAAAAAAAAAGCUUUAAAAGGGAUGAGCAAGUAUGGCUGCAGAAGAGGAGCACCAAAACGUCUCUGGAAACAACAGUUUUCCUAAAACCAGAAUGAAGGGAAUAAUGGAAAAAGGGAUUGAGAAUGGUGAAGGGCACAGAUGAAUAUGAAGUUUUGAAGAGGAUGAAAUGGAAGAUUUGAGUUUGCUCUGCCUUCUUAUUGUAUGUAUAUGACAUAGCUAGGGCUAACAGUGGUUUGUUUCUUUGUUUGACAUUAUUUGUAACCCCAGGUCUAUAUCCAAGAUCCCAGCAAUGACUUUUGCACCAUAGAUUACAGAGAGCUUGGUGAAAUAUGCUCAGAAGGAACACUCAAUUUGAAUCUAGCCAAGGAGCAUAACCCUGUGCUUGGUAAGGAAACCUUUAAAUAUGUCACAAGGAAGGACAUAAAAUUUUGUCAGGCAAAGAUGUGAGCCACUUUUAGCCUGUUGUACAUUGUUUGUAUAUUUGGACUGUCUGAAAAUGGAAUGUUAAUUUUGUUAUUUUGCCAUUUGCUAGUAUUCUUUACAAGUCUUAGGCAAUAGAUUCAUUAUGAGAAAUGACUGCCUGUCUCUGAUUAUUGUAUGACUAAACCAUUUGGUUGGUUCACAAAGUGGCUUUGAUGAGCAGCAUUGUUUACUUAGGGUCCAUGUCCACCAAUGCAUUUUUUUGUGCUGGCAGCACCUGAUUCCUACACAAAACCAAUGUAGUUCAGCACUUUCAGCAGCCGCACUGAGGCACCCUCGCACCCUGAUCAUUUCUUCAGGUUUAGAUUUGUGCAUAGGUCCAAGAGGCUUGUUGUAGGUCUUAUGAUGACGCAUAUGCAGACAAGAAAUCAUGUAUGCUGUGUGGGGGCUGCAUAUUUUAGGGAAAACAAAAAACCCCAGAAAUGUUCAAUUGCCCGAAAGGGGCGAUGUGACAAAAUAAUGAUAUUAAUCUAUGAAUGUAUUCAGAAUCAAUGUGUGGUCAUCCUUGUGAAGUUUGGUUUGAUUGACAAACCCACUAAAACAUUAAGCAGCAUAAGUCAACAUACGAAAAUUAAAAUUUUAGACAGUUAAAGAUAUAAAUCAUAGUCAUAAUAAUGACUAGAAAAGCACUCGGAGAGCGCAGACCUCCACCAUUAGCCCUAUCUCCCAAUAGUGAAGAGUCCUUUAAAAAAUUCCUGGAUCCGUCCCCAUGUACCCCCCACCAUGGCAUUCGCUGAUUACUCCCUCCACGGCGGGGUGGAAACACAUGGAGGCAAAGCAUUAGCUUCGCUACGGGUGCCAAGAGAUGCACUGACAGUCUCACCCAUGGUCUCACCGGAUGACUGGAAGUCAUGGCAGAGGGUGAAUAUUCCUCUAUUCCUCCCAGCAUUGUGAGUAUUCUUACUACAAUUCGCUGUCUUUCUCCCUGUUACGCUCCGACUUGUCUUCUCGACCAGGUGUACGUCUUUCAAAUUCUAUAAACUCCAAAACUUUGAAUAGAAAUACACCCACAAACGCUGCUGGGAUUGAAGUUACUCAUGUCCGCCAUCUCCUGGUGUAAAGUGGUAACAGCGCAGACCUCCA